GGAGUUUUAUUAGAAAGAGAAACGAGAGAAUGAGUGUGUAGGGAGUCGAGAAAACAACCAAGCCUCUUUUGCCCGUGUAUUACACGGCGAUGCCCUGUCGUGGGUGUGCAAUCUUUCUCUUUGCCAAUUUUUCUUUGGUUGCUUUGUGGAUGUCCUUGGAAAGUCCAGCUGGAAGAAGAGAAAACAAAGCAUCCACCAUUGACUUGGAGUCAACACAAGUUGACAAAGUCAUCACUGCAAUUUCUGAUGAAGACCUCAAAGUCUGUAUGUCUGCUCUUUAAUAAACUAAACUUCCGGAGGCAUAUUCACUCACAUUUGCUCCGAACGCCAUUCUCAUGGCUCCCUGUCAAAUUAUCCUACUCUCUCUUCUGAUUCUAUGCCACCCGGCUGUAGGGGUAGAGCAGAAGAAUUUCGCUCGAAUAAGCUUGGGCUCUAAACUUUCCCCCAUCAUGAAACAGACUUCAUGGUCCUCACCUUCUCGCCGAUUCGAGUUUGGUUUCUACAACGAGAGGGACGGCUUCAAGGUUGGUAUAUGGCUCACUGGAAAGUCUCAAACGAUUGAAAAGACCAUCACAUGGACCGCAAAUAGAGAUGAUGACCCUGUCUCGCCGAAUUCGACGAUAGAGCUGACACCCGAUGGCAAGCUGGUCUUGAAAACUGGCCUCGGUUCACAUGAACUCAUUGCUGACAUAUCCGGGGUUGCCUCCUAUGCCUCCAUGAGUGACUCCGGGAACUUUUGCCUACAUGAUAAUGAAUCUCGCAUCAUCUGGGACAGUUUCAAUUUUCCUACAGAUACACUGCUUGGAGGGCAGGUCCUCCCCCCUGGGUCCGAGCUGGUCUCAAGCGUAUCUCAGGAGGUCCAUUCCACAGGACAGUUCCGUCUCAGUAUGCAGAGCGAUGGGAAUCUUGUCAUGUACCCAGUUCACACCUUAGCAGUAGGAGUGGACGCUUACUGGUCAUCGGACACUGCAGGCGACAACGGCAUUCACCUGUAUCUCAAUUUUACGGGGAAACUUGCUCUAAUUAACAGUUCCAAUUCCAGGACAGUCAAGACUAUCGAAGGUGGAGACUCAGUGGUUACUUCCUAUGACAGGGACAGUUCCAACUAUGAAUAUGGAGCUUCAUCUACUGCAGGUUUGUUAUCGUAUGACAGCUCAGUUAUAUAUCGGGGGACACUGCAGCACGAUGGGCUUUUUAAACUAUUUUCCCAUGUUUUUUAUGAGAAGGGUGAUUACGGGACAUCGCUAGAGUGGAAAGUGCCCGACGAUCAGUGUGAAGUGAAAAGAUUCUGCAGUUUCAACAGCUACUGCACUAAGAAUGAUGAUACACCAGUCUGUCGUUGCAUACCUGGUACCGAUUUUGUGGAUGGGGUUGAGGAAUCAAGUCCUGCUCGUCUUGGGUGUCAGAGGAACUUCACUGAGGAAUUUUGCGCAGGCCCCAUAUCAAAUGCAUCCUCGAUCAACAUUUUCACCAUGGAGGACAUGACUUGGGACGACCCUCCAUACUCGACGGCUAAGAUGGGAAAGGAAGAUUGUAUCAACUCUUGCUUGGAAGAUUGCAACUGCGAGGUCGCCCUGUUCAACGAUGAGGGCUACUGCAAGAAGCAAAAGCUCCCCUUGAUAUAUGCGAAAAGGGACCAAAAAAACCCAUCCACAGCGAUUUUCAAGGUAGGAAUGAAGGGUCUCAGGAGCAAGAACAUGACUGACAUCGCCUCCCCGCUGCCGGACCUACAGCCACCUCCAAAGGUUAUUGAGAGCAAGGGAUCCACUGUCCUCCUACUCGUGGUGACCCUAGGUCUUGUGACUUCCUCUUGCACAGCUCUUAUUGUCGCAGGCAUCUUCUUCUUCAAGCUCAGGAUUUUCGAGUACGAGGAGCUGUUGGACUGUGGAGGGAAUGAAAUGGGCUUGGGAGGCGAGCUCACCCUGAGGUCAUUCUCCUACAAGGAGCUCAAGAGGGCAACCAAUGGAUUCAAAGAGGAAUUGGGGAAGGGGUCGUUCGGAUCAGUCUACAAGGGAACACUGCAUCGAGGGAGAAGAAAAACCAUUGCGGUGAAGCGACUGGAGAAGGUUGUCACCGAAGGUGAAAGGGAGUUCCGAGCAGAGAUGAGAGUCAUUGGGAGGACUCACCACAAGAACUUGGUCCGGUUGCUUGGGUAUUGCGCGGAACAGUCCAAGAGGCUCCUCGUUUACGAGUACAUGAGCAACGGAUCCCUUGCAGAUAUCCUAUUUAGAUCAGAACGCCGCCCCGAGUGGACUGAGCGGGUGAGGAUCGCCCUCGACAUUGCUCGGGGCAUCCUCUACCUCCACGAGGGGUGCGACACCCCGAUCAUCCACUGUGACAUAAAGCCACAGAACAUAUUGAUGGACGAGUUCUGGACAGCAAAGAUCUCAGACUUCGGCCUCGCGAAGCUCCUGAUGCCCGACCAGACACGGACAUUCACGAUUGUAAGAGGGACAAGGGGGUACCUCGCGCCCGAGUGGAACCAGAACAUCCCGAUCUCAGUAAAGGCGGAUGUGUACAGCUUCGGAGUCAUGCUGCUGGAGAUCGUGUGCUGCCGGAAGAACAUGGAGGUGAACAUCUCGAGGCCCGAUGAGAUAGUUCUAGCCUCCUGGGUGUAUAAGAAUUUCAGGGCCAGGGAGGUGGAGAAGGUAGUUAAAGGGGAGGAAGUGGACAAGAAGUCGUUGGAGAAGCUCGUGACAGUGGGGUUAUGGUGCAUCCAGGACGAGCCCGCUCUUCGGCCUUCGAUGAAAUCUGUAGUGAUGAUGCUGGAAGGGGUUACUGAGGUAUCAAUCCCUCCAUGCCCAUCUGCUGCUAAUACCUUCAACUAACUCUGAGUACGACUCACUCAGAGGCUUUUGCUGCUUUGUCCUGUUACUUCCCCGUUUUUCUUUUCUGGUGUAUUGUCUCCUCUCGUUGCUGUUUGAAUGACUUCCUAUAAAACUGAUGAAACUAUGAAAACAAUUGCUGAUGCAGAUUUAGUUCAAAUUUCCAAUCAAAAUUUUGGAUUUCCGAGCC